AUGGGUCUUGAGGAAAGCAAAAUUGGUCAAACAAACAAAGCUAACUGUAACACACCAAAUUUGUGUUUCUUUGCGCCUGUUUCACCUGGAAGAAUAAUUCACCAAUGCACUCUGGAGUUAUGGAAAAAAUCUCACCGGGAACUUUUCAACUUCUCAGACAAGGUGAUGGUGUGUACCUAUCAACUGCCUCAUGAUUGCACAUCGGCAUUUUGUCUAACUAGGCAAAAUAUUGUGAAUUUUCGAAAAUCGUGUUCUGUUUUCUCACUGAGAAAGCGAAGAGAAUAUACAAAAAUGGCUGAACAUUUCGAGUAUAAUCACAUACCUGCUCAUUUAUCUUCCAUUCAGAAUUUACACUUCAAAUCGGUGUUAGACAUUCACAGUGGAUUGGCAGUUGUUCAUUUGGCACGAGAUAUGAUAACUCAGUUUGCAUUAGUUGACUUAAGGAUUAAUAAAUUCCUUGGUUCUUUUGGUCGGCAAACGGUUCUCUUUAGUCCUGAAUCAACCAUAGGAAAAAUAUCACCCGAUGGAACUUAUUGUCUAAUUAGACUCCCUUGGUCGAGAAAUAGGAGAGUUUAUAUACUCAAGCUGUACAACUUACGAAAUAGUGAACUUAUUUCUGAACUUCCAUUAGCUAAUUCUUCUAAUUACGAUGAAGUGCCAUUAAACAGUUUCCGUCUGCCAUUAGGCCCAUAUCAGGAAAAUAAUAGAGAGUCAAAUAUUCGGCCGUCGUACGAUAUUUUAUCAACAUCCAACUCAGUAACUGCAAACUUUAGAGGGAAUGCACAAAAUGAGAAUCAACUUCAACUAGGUCCAGCUCGUUCUUCUCAGGUGUUGUUUGCUUUUGAUCCACGAUUUGUAAAUUCACGCAUAGCAAUAACUAACGUGGACUUUCCACAUGGACCAAACUCUCACAAAGUGUCUUCCAACUGGGUCCCAGGAAUACAGGCUACUAUAAGUUUGGUAAAACUUCCAACAUGGGAGUGUUUAACAUCAACUAACAAACUUUGUUCUUGGUCUCCUUCAAAUCGUCACGGUUCACCUUUUAUAAACAAUGCUACGUGUAGAGAACCGACAAGACGAAGACGAUCAUCAGAUGCUAACCAUGUAGGUGGUUUACCCAGUCCGAACUCAUUCAGUCAUGUUUUUCCACAUAUUAUGAGCAUAUUUUAUUCAAGAGAUGGCUAUUUUUUAUUUACAAUCACCACAGAGUCUCGAACCUGUCGAUGUUCUGCCAUUGGUAAUAUUAACCAUUCUGUGAAUUCUUUAUUACCAGAUGUAUCUGGUUACUCAGAUGAUAUUUGCAACCCCUUAAGUUCAGGCCGACCAACAAACAACGGAACUGAAAGUGGUCGAACUCAGCAAAAGAACUUGGUUUCAACACAGUGUAUUGAAUCAAAUACACGUUACAAUCCAAAAAAUAAUAGUACAUCCCCAAUGUUGGCUCCCACACUGCCUGGUUGCACCACUUUGUGGCUUACUAUUUUCAAUUCUGAUACAUUAGAAAGGUUAAGAAUUUUGAGAUUUGAUCGAUCAGUAUGCCCAAUUCACACAUGUCCUACCAAUUACCUACCCGUAAUGAGCCGUUGUGGAUCAAGGAUAGCUUUAAUUACACGACAAGCAGUGGGAUAUUAUAAUAGUACUAGUAAUCAGAACGCCAGUAAUAAUUCACGUGAAUACCUGUUUUCCAGCUGUAAGACGCUUCCUGUAUCUUUAAGGCACUCCGUUCCAUCUAUAAGUGUAGAAGGCUGUUCUCAUUCACAAUGCGUGAUUAACAAAAGUGCUAGUCAAGAAACCAGCAAAGAAAAUUCUACAAAACGCACUGAAUUCAAGAAGCAACAACCGUUUAUAUCUCCAACCUGUUUGCUUAUUCAACCAAGAAACCUUAAUUUGAGUCAUCAUCUAUCUACAUCAUUACCAUCUCCAUUGUCAAAAGUUCACUUGUCUUCCGGAAGUUCACCAUUUCGACAAAUGACUGGUUGUUCAAGUUUAGAGUUAAGUGUUUCUUCCUAUCGUCCAAUGGCUGUUUCCUUUGAAUCUUCUUUUAUUGGAACUCAGUGUAAUUCCUCAAGUAGUUGUACUGCCACAGUAUCCACACGUACCAGUAAUAGUAGUGGUGUUGUUGUUACUUCUGCUGGUACUUCAGUGGUAAAUUCAACGGUACAAAUUGAUGUGCUUCUGGUUUAUCAACUACCUCCGCCACCAAAACUACAGGCAUUAGUGAGACAACGAAUUCGUCAACUCUGCAAAGAUGAAUACCUUGAGCAGUUAGAUCUUCCACGUAGAAUUAUUAGCUAUUUACAAUUUGAACCAUCGUACAAUUGUGCUGGCUCAUGUAUUUCUCGAUCGAACAGUUCUACCAGAACAUCAAUAAUGGAGAUAGAAUGA